AUGCCGGUCAUCCCCGAGUCGUCAGACUUCCCAUCUGUGCCCCAAAAGGGAGGAAAUGAGGCCGAGAAGACACCAGGGCAACAACCCCAAAAAGCGACUGCAGCGGACUUCUUGUCAAAGGGACCCCAGAUUCCGGACAAUAUGCCUCCCAAGGCUUCUAAAGAGGAGCUCGAGGCACGCGCGAAGGAACUAAACAAGCCGUCUAACUGA